AUGUUGUUUUGUGUGUCCUCGUUUGCGGCGACGACUGGUGUGACGAGUGCUACCACGAAAACGCUCUCGUCGAGGCACAGAGCAGCGACUUUAAUCUCUCUUCAAAAUGGAGAACGAAGCAACAACAACAGAAACAGAAGAGGAAGAAGAUGUUUUUCCGUUCGCAACGAGAACGAUGAUUCGCCGAAAGUUUACGUCCCGUGCGGUGCGUUUGGCGGAGCGUCCUCGCCGGAAAGGAAAGCGGCGGAUGUCAUGCACCAGUUGUUGACGUAUACAGCAACCUGGGUGGUGAUUGGUCAGUUGGAAUCUAUAAAUUGCAGACUGAACGUGCAAACGCCAGACGGAGAAAGCAAAGAGCAGAACUUGGACGGUCAAGGCGAAGUGAACCGAGUGAACAAUCAGCACGAAUUUUUGUUGGAUUUUCUGGAGAAAAACCCGAUUCGAAACCCAGAAGAGUGGAUGAGCAAGCUUUCGAAAGCAGACCAGAGUUUGGCGAACCGUAUUAUGAUUGCGAGGCAAGGGUACGCGAACAUGGAUUUCGAGUGGAAGAGCGUAGAAACGCUCGCGAAGAGAGACAUCGAGAACGGGAAUAAAAAGCUGCAAACGGAAAUGCUGGAGAGCAUGAUGUCGGGCGGCGGUGGCGGUGAUACUACUUCGUCGUCCGCGUAA